AUUGGAGUAGUUAUUUCUGGUGGAAGAGGCAAAGCAUAACAUAGUGUUUUCUGUUGUUUACUUUUCUUUCUUAGUUGUUCCCUUCCUUGUUUUUUCUAGUAUUGCUUAUGGCUAGCAUAACCAAUGAAGCCGUUUUAGAUGUAAGCAAGGAUUCCUCUCAGCCAUGUCAAGACUCAGACUCCUAUGUCUCUGUUCCUUUCUUGCAAAAGUUAAUAGCAGAGUUGGUGGGGACAUAUUUCUUGAUAUUUGUAGGAUGUGCUUCUAUUAUAGUGAACAAGAACAAUGACAAUGUGGUCACACUUCCUGGAAUUGCUAUUGUUUGGGGACUUGCUUUGGUGGUACUCAUUUAUUCUCUUGGUCACAUCUCUGGUGCUCAUUUCAAUCCUGCUGUUACUAUUGCUUUUGCUACCACAAAGAGGUUUCCGUUGUUACAGGUACCAGCAUAUAUAUCAGCUCAGCUCCUAGGAGCUACACUUGCCAGUGGAACUCUAAAACUAAUUUUCAGUGGCAAACAUGAUCAGUUUUCAGGAAAUCUUGCAUCUGGGUCUAAUCUUCAAGCUUUUGUGCUUGAAUUCAUAGUCACAUUUUUCCUUAUGUUUACUAUUUCUGGAGUUGCCACUGAUAAUAGAGCGAUUGGUGAGUUGGCUGGAAUUGCAAUUGGGUCUACAUUAUUGGUUAAUGUCAUCAUUUCAGGACCGAUAACAGGAGCUUCGAUGAACCCGGUUAGAAGCCUAGGACCUGCUUUUGUACACAAUGAAUACACAGGAAUAUGGAUAUUUAUAGUGUCACCAAUUUUGGGGGCCGUGGCCGGAGCAUGGGUUUAUAACACUGUUAGAUAUACUAACAAGUCAGUUCGUGAGAUCACCAAGAGUGCUUCGUUCCUCAAAGAAGCGGGGCGUGGUGGGCGCCAAGUAGUUUAAACAAUUGGAAGAAAAAAAAAAUUGUCAUCAAGUAUUAUUAUGCAGAGUUAAUAAUGUUUUUACCUUGUUUAGAUGUCUUUGUUAGAGAUAAUAAAAAAAGUUGUGUGUUGUAAUAGUGACUAAGGUUACUUGGAUCACAAUCUUGUGCAGUUUUAAAAGGAGCUGCAUCAUUGUAUGCGUUUCCUAAGAUGGUAAAUAAAUGCUUCAAAAUCAUUGAUAAAUAAAUUUUUAUAUCAA